AUGCACCACGUUAAGCGCCACAUGGAUAUGGCUUCCUCCUCGAUGGGUUCAAUGGCUUCAAUGACUCACAGCAUGAUGGAUAUGGCUUCUUCCACAAUGGGUUCCAUGUCGACUUCCACCGGUAUGGAUAUGGAUCAUGACCAUGGUAUGGAUAUGGAACUGAUGCACAUGUACUUUACUACCCAGUACAAGAACUAUCCUGUGUUGUUCAAAACCCUUACUGCCAGUAACAAGGGCCAGGCUUUCGGAAUCUUUUUGCUCUUGUUUGUGGUUGGUUUUCUUACCCGAGGCAUAGAGUUCGUGAGAAACUACCUCGAGCUGGUUGUGUGGAAAAACCCAACCUAUGUCGAGUGCCAUCCUGGUCAGGAAACAUUGACCCCUGUGGGGUCUCGUUCAGAUUGCUGCGGGCCAGUUCAGACAAAUAAAUUAUCGUCAGACUCAGAAGUAGCCGCGGAGGUUACAACCAACCAAACUUCACCCAGCUUGUCAUUUGCUUCUAGCUUGUUCCGCAAUGCCAUCCGUCUAGCCUUGUGCAUCUUGCCGGAUCUCUUUGGAUUUGCGUUGAUGUUGGCUGCCAUGUCGUACACCUUGACGUACUUCUUUGCGGUGGUUCUCGGCUUGGGAGUUGGCCGGUUUGUCUUUGAGAGACUAUCGGACCGAAUGAACCUCAAGCCGUUGGGUUCCACGUUUCACUGCUAA